AUGGAAUCCCAAGAGGUGCCGAAAUCGCUUGCCAAGGUCAAGCAUGUGAUUCUAAUUCUCUCGGGAAAAGGAGGUGUUGGUAAAUCAUCUGUCACUACGCAAACAGCGCUUACAUUGGCUCUCAAAGGCUUCAAUGUUGGUGUUCUUGAUAUAGAUCUCACUGGGCCCUCACUUCCCCGGAUGUUUGGUGUGGAAAAGCGCCAGGUUCACCAGUCUCGCCAGGGCUGGGUGCCGGUGUCUGUCUUCAACAAUGCAGGGGACAAAUCCAAAGGAAAUUUGUCUUUGAUGUCGCUCGGCUUUCUCCUUGGAAGUCGAGAGAAUUCCGUGGUGUGGAGGGGCCCAAAAAAGACUGCCAUGAUCCGCCAAUUUUUGAAGGAUGUUGUUUGGAAUGGAGGAGAUGAUAACACUCCGUUGGACUACUUGCUCAUAGAUACCCCUCCAGGAACUUCUGAUGAGCAUAUCGCUAUUGCUGAAGAGUUGAGAUGGGCCCAACCACUAGAUGGAGCUAUUAUCGUCACGACGCCUCAACAGGUUGCCACUGCAGAUGUGAGGAAGGAAAUCAACUUUUGCCAUAAGGUCAAUUUCAACGUGCUCGGAGUUAUUGAGAAUAUGAGUGGAUUUAUCUGUCCGUACUGUGCUGAGUGUACCAACAUCUUUCUGAGCGGAGGAGGUAAAUUACUCAGUGAAAGCCAGGGCCUAGAUUUCUUAGGAAACCUUCCAAUUGACCCUACAUUCGUGGAAAUGAUCGAGAACCAGGAUAAUGGAGAGCACUCCACCAAAAAACUCAUAGACCUCUAUCAGGAUGCCAACCUUAAACCACUAAUGAGUGAUAUUGUCGAUAAGAUAUUGGCGAAGGACUUACCUAGCCGAAUCUAA